AUGCUUGUGCCGGUGCUGCGCGCAGGACUGGCGUUGCUGCCCGCGUUUACGAGCGCGAUUCUCGAUGCGUCUGUCGCCUUCAUUGGCAUCGCGCGCGACGAGCAGACGGCGCAGCCCGACCUGUAUUACACGCGAUUUCCUGCGGUGAUGCCGCCUAGGGCGCUCAUAGUAGACCCGAUGCUCGCUACUGCUGGCACGGCAUGUCUUGUCGCAGAGUUGCUGAUGCGCGAGGGGUUUUCGGCGCACGCUAUACACUUUGUCGGUGUGCUGGCGUCGCGGGAGGGUAUGGACCGCCUUGCCAGCGUAAUUCCGCGCGCAAACAUCAGCGUUGUUGCCGUUGAUCCGGAACUUGACGCGCAGAAAUUCAUCGUGCCUGGUAUUGGCGACUAUGGCGACAGGUACUUUGGCACAUAG